CAGAUUGCCUGGACAACAUCCAUCAUGUGUGCUACCACCUACGGAGGAGGGCUCCCGGGGGAGCGCGGGCCCCGGCCAUGCCCGCUGAGGCAGGGCGCGCUCCCGGCCCGCCGGACGGCGGCUGGGGCUGGGUGGUUGUUUUCGGCGCCUUCGUUUCCAUCGGCUUCGCCUAUGCCUUCCCCAAAGGCUUGGCCAUCUUCUUCAAAGAAAUCCAGGAUUUCUUUGGCACGUCCUAUAGCGAGAUCGCCUGGGUCUCCUCCAUCAUGCUGGCCACGACCUACGGCGCAGGUCCCAUCAGCAGCAUUUUGGUGAACCGCUAUGGCAGCCGCCCCGUGGUCAUGUUUGGGGGCCUCCUGUGUGGCGUGGGGAUGAUCUCAGCUGCCUUCUGCACCAGCAUCCUGCAGCUCUACAUCUGCGUGGGCUUCAUCACAGGAUUUGGCCUUGCUCUCAACCUUCAGCCAUCAGUGAUUAUCAUAGGGAAAUACUUCUUGAAGAGAAGACCCAUUGCCAAUGGCCUUGCUAUGGCAGGGAGCCCUGUGAUGCUUUGCACCCUGGCACCUCUCAACCAAUUCCUUUUUGACAAUUUUGGCUGGAGGGGCAGCUUUUUAAUUCUUGGGGCAAUUUUGUUAAACUGCUGUGUGGCAGGAGCUCUCUUCAGGCCCAUCGGGGCAGGCACUGCACUGGUCAAAACCCAGGUGACUGAGGAAGGGAAGGAUGCUCUGAAAGAAAAGAUCACUGAAGAUGGCCCCAUGGAGAACAAAACAGAAGAGGAAGGAGAAAAGGACUGCUUUGAAAAAGUCAAUCAGUACCUUGACUUUUCCCUCUUUAAACACAGAGGGUUCUUGAUUUACCUGAUCGGAAACGUGCUCAUGUUCCUGGGAUUCUUUGCCCCCAUCGUUUUCCUGGCACCCUAUGCAAAGCACACUGGCAUAGAUGAAUAUUCAGCUGCUUUCCUGCUUUCCAUCCUGGCCAUUGUGGACAUGGUUGCUCGCCCCACCACCGGUAUCGUUGCCAACAGCAAGUGGGUGAGGCCGAGGAUCCAGUACUUCUUCAGCUUCGCCAUCGCUUUCAACGGCGCCUGCCACCUCCUGUGCCCGCUGGCCUCCAGCUACACGGGGCUCAUCGUGUACUCCAGCUUCUUUGGGCUGGCCUUUGGCAUGGUGUGUGCCAUGCUCUUCGAGACGCUGAUGGACCUGGUGGGAGCUGCCCGGUUCACGAGCGCCGUCGGCCUCGUCACCAUCGCCGAGUGCUGCACCAUACUGCUGGGACCCCCCAUUGGAGUAAUUCUUAUUGAUACCUUUGGGGACUAUAAAUAUAUGUUCAUUAAAUGUGGAAGUGUGAUGGUCCUGGCAGGAACCUUUCUGUUCAUCAUGAAUUAUUAUAAUUAUCGUAUGCUUGCCAAGGAGGAGAAGGAAAGAAAGGCAAGAGAAGAGGAUCCUAAAUCUGUAAGGACAGAAAAUGAAGACAAAAAAAUCUGGAACAAAGACUCCAUACAGGAUGGGCCUGAGAUGGAACCUUUGAGAGAGAAGGGAGAAGGAUUAAAGAAGGAAUUGAAUGGCACAAAUGAAGUUUAA